ACGGCAGCCCACUAAUAUUGUCUCGGAAAUUUUUACGCAUUUUUUCGAAAGACAAUUAGGCAACGCCCCUGUCACUGAAUAUCAGCCAUUUGCUGGACUUGUUAAUUGUAGGCUACGUCAUUAUUUACACCACUGCAAUCCAACUAUAAACGGAACUGAUGACGGCGAUGCCUGGGCUAUUACUAACAUAAUUUUAGUCGAGCGGAGGUACCUGCGCUUCUGCGGUAGCCUACGUCUAGCAACAACUUGUCCGAUAUGGACCGUGUAAUAUUUUGGACCAGCUGUUUGGCUUUCCUGCACGUGUGCAGGUGCGCUUUCCCCGCGCCCUGUGACAGUGAAAUAUACUGUACAGGUGAGCUCCUGAGACAGGUCCAGAUGGCCAAACUCUUUGAUGACGACAAGUACUUUGUAGACAUGAAGCUGAAGGCCGCUCCCGACGAGGUCCUGUCGGCGUUCCGGAAUCUGACGUCGGGAACGCCGGGCGGAACGCCGGAGCCCUCGCGGAUCCGGGAGUUCCUCGCUGCGUUCUUCGAGGAGCCCGGGACCGAGUUCGAGCGCUGGACCCCGCCCGACUGGCACGACAAGCCACAGUUCCUGUCCAGAGUGUCGGACGUGGGACUGCGCAGCUGGGCGGAGAAGCUGCACUCCCUGUGGAAGUCUCUGGGUCGGAAGAUUCGUGCUGACGUGAGGGACCGUCCUGAGCUUUACUCCCAGAUCUACAGCCCCCACCCCGUCAUUGUUCCUGGGGGGCGCUUCCGGGAGCUCUACUACUGGGACUCGUACUGGGCGAUCAACGGCCUCCUGCUGUCCGAGAUGAGAGAGACGGCGAGGGGAAUGAUCCGGAAUUUCCUCGACCUUGUUGACAGAUACGGCUUCGUCCCGAACGGCGGCCGCGUGUACUACGAACGCCGCAGCCAGCCCCCCUUCCUGACGCUCAUGGUGGAGAGUUACUACCGGGCCACCGGGGACAGAGAGUUACUCAGUGCUGCCAUGCCCAUUUUGGAGAGAGAGUAUAGCUUCUGGAUGCAGAAUCGUUCCGUGACCGUGGAGAAGAACGGGACUGUGCACGUUUUAAACCAAUACCGUGUCCAGGUGGGGGAACCCAGACCCGAGUCCUACACAGACGACCUGGAACUGGCCGAAGGAUUAACGGAAGGGGCUCAGGAGAGCUUGUGGGCGGAGCUGAAGGCGGGGGCGGAGUCUGGCUGGGAUUACUCCUCCCGCUGGUUUGUCGACGGUAAUGGCGGUAAUGGCGACACGCUGAAGGACACGCGGCUCAGCCACAUCGUCCCCACGGACCUCAACGCCCUGCUCUGCCGCAGCGAGCGCACGCUCGCCCGCUUCUACGGCAUUCUGGGUGACGCUGCAGGGGCGGAGCGUUUUGGCCAGGCCCAGCGGGCACGGCUGCAGGCAGUGGAGGCCGUCCUGUGGGACCCGGAGAGGGGCGUCUGGCUGGACCACAACCUGCUGACCAACACCCGCCACCCCGCCUUCUACCCCUCCAACCUGGCACCUUUAUGGGCACAGUGCUUAUCCCAGCCUGCCAUGGGAGAGCGGGCACUGAAAUACCUGCAGGAGAGUGGGGCUCUGCAGUAUCCAAACGGCGUCCCGACAUCGCUGAAGAACAGCGGGCAGCAGUGGGACCUGCCCAACGCCUGGCCCCCCCUCCAACACAUGCUGAUUGAGGGUCUGUGGAGGCUCCCCUCAGAGAAAGCCAAGGAGGUGGCCUUUGAUCUCGCCCAGAGGUGGAUCAGCACGAACUGGAAGGCCUACCUAAAAUACGAAGCCAUGUUUGAGAAGUACGAUGUUACUGGCGAUGGCAAACCAGGUGGAGGAGGGGAGUAUGAGGUUCAGCUGGGGUUUGGCUGGACCAAUGGGGUGGCCCUGCAGCUCCUGGACCAGUUUGGUGACAGGCUGAUAUCAGCCUCUGCCGGUUUGGGCUUCAGCUUUGGUGUGGUGGUCUUCUGCGGUGGCCUCCUUGCUGUUUUAUGAGCUACGGCUGACCGGAGUAUGACUGCAUUCGGACGCAAUGGUACAAACACAGCUAACUGGAGUAUGACCGCAUUAAAACACAGCUAACCGGAGUAUGACCACAUUCAAACACAGCUAUCCGGAGUAGGACUACAUUCAAACACAGCUAUCCGGAGUAGGACUACAUUCAAACACAGCUAUCCGGAGUAUGACCGCAUUCAAACACAGCUAUCUGGAGUAGGACUACAUUCAAACACAGCUAUCCGGAGUAGGACUACAUUCAAACACAGCUAUCUGGAGUAGGACUACAUUCAAACACAGCUAUCCGGAGUAGGACUACAUUCAAACACAGCUAACCGGAGUAUGACCACAUUCAAACACAGCUAUCCGGAGUAGGACUACAUUCAAACACAGCUAUCCGGAGUAGGACUACAUUCAAACACAGCUAACCGGAGUAUGACCGCAUUCAAACACAGCUAACCGGAGUAUGACCACAUUCAAACACAGCUAACCGGAGUAUGACCACAUUCAAACACAGCUAUCCGGAGUAUGACUGCAUUCAAACGCCCCAAACGCUGAAUUGUUCCCUCUAUGAGCCAGCACGUUCUGUCUCCUUCCCUCAAAAUCCCUUUGGCUUAUGUGACCACUUAAUUAUUCUGGCGAACAUCACAAAGCUUUUCAUUUGAUUAAAUUUUCUGGAGUUUUGGAAAUUUUCUUUUAUUUUGGGCAUUUCUUUUUCUGAGCAGGUUUUUUAUUAUUUUCUUUCUUGCGCAGAAUGUAUGAGGUAUUAUUCUGAGGGCUUUUUGAAGAUAGGCUUUAAAAAUAUAUAUAUAUAUUCAGGGUUGAAAGAUGAAUAAAUAAAAAUCAAUAAAAUA